AUGAAACAAUUAAUGUUUGCUGCAUUAUUUGGAGUUUUCCUUUUGACAACUUCAGUAUUCUCAGUUCCUGACAUAGUUGACUGCACAAAAAAUGGAAGGCUAACCUGCACUAUUACUUGGGUAAUCGAAGAAAAAGGAUGUAAUCUUGAUAAUUGCACCAAAAAUGGUUUUCGGAAUAUUAUAUCUGUCCACCACCCAUCCCUUAACGCUACUUGCAAGGUUUUUCCCGCACCAACUAUUUAUGCGCAACCAAACCAGAGGAUUCAAGUUCAAGUAAUAAAUAGACUUCAUGAACCAACCACAAUACAUUGGCACGGAAUGCUUAUGAAGCGUACGAUGUUUUCAGACGGUGUUCCAGCCAUAACUCAAUGCCCAAUUCAGGCUCGUACCACAUUUGUAUACGAUUUUUAUGCAAACAGUGUUCCUGGUACUCAUUGGUAUCAUUCACAUUAUAAACCUCAGCGUAUGGACGGACUUUAUGGCUUGAUAAUUAUUAAAGAGACUGAUCCUUCCUAUGAAAACCUUCCGGAAGAAACUGUACUUAUAUCAGAUUGGUAUCAUCACAAAGCGGAAGAAAUGUUACAUGCAUACAAUGCAAGUAAUUUUCUGGUCACCAACGGUACUCCCGCCGGAAUGAUGUAUGAGCCCGUUCCACAUGCGGCCCUUGUCAAUGAUGUUAUCGAGGUUGAAGGGGAGCUCGUCACUUCAACAAAAAAGGUCAACCGUGUACCUAUUCAUGUUGGACAAAGAUAUUCAGUGAUUCCUUACAGACAGCCAGAUGCAGAGAACAUAACAGAAUUUUGGAUGCGUAUGGAGGCAAACCCUGAUUGCCUUCGGAGAAAUACACCUGAAUCAUAUAAGAAUGAAUUUCUUAAGGAGAGUAGAUCAAUAAUUAGUUACAAUCCUUAUUACAAAUAUGCCCCUGGUAAAGAACCAACUACGCAACGAUGGGAUGAUAAAAAAAUGGAAUGUAUUGAUUUAGAUUUGUCAUUUUUGUCACCAAAAAAUAAAAGUUUAUUACCACCAAAAGACGCAAAAAUUACAACUUAUGGUUUGCAAAUUAACAUGUUCACAUCGAGGCAAUAUUUGGGAACAGACGAUUUUAAAGACUAUUUUGGUUUAACCACAUACGGGACUGUAACUGGCUUACAACGCAUGGGCAUAUAUCACGCUUACAAUGAUAGCUUUAAUACAUUGGAAAGGGUAUACGACAGAUAUCAACAUGGUAAAACUGGUUUAAAGCCUGCUUGGCCAUCCAGUCAAAAUGUUAUUAUAUUGAAUGAGAGAGGUCGAAUGAUUGAAGUUGUUUUACGAAAUAUUGACGAUAUCGCCCAUCCUUUCCAUUUGCAUGGACAUUUCUUUUGGGUUAUGGAAACCACUCAGUUCAAUUAUUCAAGUAAAAAGGUAACCACAUUUAAAUACGACGAGCCGAUUAUGCGCGAUACCGCGACUGUUUCGCAAAGAGGCACUACAACAAUUCGAUUUAUGACGGAUAACCCUGGAGUUUGGGCAUUCCAUUGCCACAUCGAGUGGCAUGUUGAAGUUGGCAUGAUGGCCCAAUUUCUUGAACUUCCAGAUGAGAUUAAAGGAAUUCCGAAACAAAGUUCACAAAUCAACGGUUCAAAGAUUUGGGAGAACCUGUGUAUUAAACCUUGA